CCGGCGGCGGCGGCGCCCGGCGCGGUGGACGCUGGAGGCCCAAGAUGGCGGCGGAGCUGGUGGAGGCGAAGAACAUGGUGAUGAGUUUCCGAGUCUCAGAUCUUCAGAUGUUGCUGGGUUUUGUUGGCAGGAGUAAAAGCGGACUAAAACACGAACUAGUGACCCGAGCUUUGCAGCUGGUCCAGUUUGACUGCAGCCCCGAGGUGUUCAAGAAGAUCAAGGAGCUCUACGAGACUCGCUACAACAAGAAGGGCUCGGAGGUGGCUCCGGCGCCGGCGCGCGCCGAGGGCCUGGCCCUGCACUCCUCGUCCUACGAGCGCGGCAGCGCCGUGCCCCGCACGCUGCCCGCCGCCAGCAUCGACUACCCUGCCCUCUACGGCAAAUACCUGAACGGACUGGGCAGGUUGCCCCCCAAAGUGGCCAAGCCCGAGGUUCGCUUGGUCAAGCUGCCCUUUUAUACCACGCUGGACGAGCUGUUGAAGCCCACAGAGCUAGUUCCACAGAAUAAUGAGAAGCUCCAGGAAAGUCCGUGCAUUUUUGCAUUAACACCAAGACAAGUGGAGCUGAUCAGAAAUUCCAGGGAGUUGCAACCCGGUGUGAAAUCGGUUCAGGUGGUGCUCAGAAUCUGCUACACAGACACCAGUUCCCCUCAGGAGGAUCAGUACCCUCCCAACAUCGCCGUCAAGGUGAACCACAGCUACUGCUCCGUGCCGGGCUACUACCCCUCAAACAAACCCGGGGUGGAACCCAAGAGGCCCUGCAGGCCCAUCAACCUCACCCACCUCAUGUACCUGUCCGCGGCCACCAACCGCAUCACGGUCACCUGGGGCAACUACGGCAAGAGCUACUCGGUGGGGCUGUACCUGGUGCGGCAGAUGACCUCAGCAGAGCUGCUGCAGAGGUUGAAAACCAUCGGCAUCAAACACCCGGAGCUCUGCAAAGCGCUGGUGAAAGAGAAGCUACGCCUGGACCCUGACAGCGAAAUCGCCACCACCGGGGUGCGAGUGUCCCUCAUCUGUCCGCUGGUGAAGAUGCGUCUGUCGGUGCCGUGCCGGGCCGAGACCUGUGCACACCUGCAGUGCUUUGAUGCCGUCUUCUACCUACAGAUGAAUGAGAAAAAGCCCACAUGGAUGUGCCCUGUGUGUGACAAACCUGCCCCCUACGACCAGCUCAUCAUUGAUGGGCUCCUGUCCAAGAUCCUGACAGAAUGUGAAGAUGCAGAUGAGAUCGAGUACCUGGUGGAUGGCUCCUGGUGCCCCAUCCGAGCCGAGAAGGAGCGGAGCUGCAGCCCUCAGUGUCCAAUCCUGGUUCUAGGUUCCUCGGAGGUGAACGGGCUCCUGGCCACUCCCAACGGCACCGGCGAGAACGGCAAAGCCCCGGCAGACGUUGUGGAUUUAACACUGGACAGCUCAUCCUCAGAGGAGGACGAGGAGGAGGAUGAGGAGGAGGAUGAUGAUGAUGAGGGACCCCAGCCCAAACGACGCUGCUCUUACGAGAAAGGUUUAGUCUCUGCCUGCUGACUGCAGCCACGGCUCGGAAUUCCCAACGGACAGACUUGAAUACUCUGGUGCUUAUUAAACUGGAGGAGGGGGAGAACGUCCUCUCCCACCUCAUCUCCCUCCCUCCCUCAUCUCCUGUGACUUUCCUAUUCCAAAUUACUCAUUAAAACGAGAGAAAAAAAAAGAAAAGAAAAAAAAAAAAAAAAAAAAAACAAACCAAAAAAAAAAAAAAAAAAAAACAAACCAAAAAAAAAAAAAAAAAAAAACAAAAAACCACCACAAAAACAAAAACCAUUGAGCUGCUUCUUGGUUGGAAAACGACCCCACUCAGAGCCUGACCCUGAACUGGAGCCUGAAGUAAAGAAAGUGUCUUAAGCCAGGCAGGAUCCUCCCUCACCUGGAUCCCGGGAUCGGGGGAGCUCCCCUGCACACCUCCAGGACACCCACCCUUGCAUCUCCAAAGCCGUGUGCAGUUCGAUCCUCUUGUUAAUUAACCAUUCCUUAAUUAAUCUAAAGGUUUUGCUGGACGUGUGAGUCCGGGG